UUCCAGGACAGUAGGGGGCUUGGAAUUCCAAAGGAAAGCAGCGAAGAAGCAACCGUGCGCGCGGAAACAAAUUCGAGGAGCUUUUAUUAUUUUUAAACAAAAUAAUUACGCGUUAUUUACACAACCUGGUCACUUCUUUUAUUGUAGUGUUUAAUCGUCGAUGUUUGUAGUUUCACCCUUUUCUUGAAGCUUUAACAGGUCUAAUUUUUUUUAGGUUUUUGGGCCUGCACGAGGACGGAGUGAUGGAACGCUAGCAUUGUUAGCUAGCUCUUGCUGCUUUUAUACCCAGCUCGCGCCUUACGUCUGAAAAGCACACAAACAUACAAACAAACAAACAAACAAACAAACAAAUAAUAGUCAUAAUAACAAUAAAAAUGUCGGGGUUUAAUUUUGGAACAAGUACCCUGGGUUCCACUAACACCGGAGGGGGCUUUUCUUUUGGAGCAGUCGCCAGCACUCCCGCUUCAGCACCCGGUGGCUUCAGCUUCGGUGGUCUGGGGGCGGCAACGUCCAGCGCUGCCGCCGCCACCACUACCACCACCUCGUCUCUGGGGCUCAGCGGCGGACUGUUUGCCCAGAAACCGACAGCUGGCUUCUCUUUUAACACACCUGCCUCAGGAGCUUCUGCACCGUCGACCGGCCUUACCUUGGGAACUCCCGCCGCCUCCACCACCCCUGCUGCCGCUGCAGCAUCCUCCACGGGCUUCGGCUUUGGUUUCGGAAAACCGGCGGCUUCAGCGAGUCCAUUUUCUCUGAGCACCACCGGCACCACCUCGGCCCCGGCAGCCACUGGUCUGAGUCUGGGCUCCGUCAUCACCUCGUCAGCACCUCAGAGCGGAUCAUCCACAGGGUUCUCCCUUAACCUGGGAGGAGGAGUCGCUUCCUCAGCGCCGGCCACCGGGCUCAGCCUCGGCUCCUCGCUGUUCUCCAGCUCGGGCUCGACAGGUCUCGGACAGUCGACUCUCGGUGGAGGUCUGACUUUAGGAGGUUUGCUCUCGUCCUCCACAGCGGCCACGGCUCCUGUUGCCCCGGCGCCCAGCGUAGGUUUGGGUGGAGUCGACUUCAGUUCCUCGUCCGAGAAGAAAAGCGAUAAAUCAUCUGGUGCUCGACCCGAAGACAGUAAAGCACUGAAGGAUGAAAACCUGCCUGCUCCCAUCUGCCAAGAUGUGGACAACUUCCAGAAGUUUGUCAAGGAGCAGAAGCAGGUUCAGGAGGAGAUCAGCCGCAUGUCCUCUAAAGCCAUGCUGAAGGUGCAGGACGACAUCAAGAGCCUAAAGCAGUUGCUGUCGGUGAGCGCCAGUGGACUGCAGAGGAACGCCCUGUCUAUAGACAAGCUGAAGAUGGAGACGGCGCAGGAGCUGAAGAACGCUGACAUCGCUCUGAGGACCCAGAAAACUCCUCCUGGACUUCAGCAUGAGAAUACGGCACCCUCGGAUUAUUUCCGGGCUCUGGUGGAACAGUUCGAGGUGCAGUUACAGCAGUACCGACAGCAGAUCGAGGAACUGGAGAACCAUCUGACCACACAGAGCAGCGGUCCUCACAUCACUCCUCAAGAUCUGUCUCUGGCCAUGCAGAAGCUCUACCAGACGUUCGUGGCUCUGGCCGCACAGCUACAAGCCGUUCACGAGAACGUAAAGACGUUAAAGUACCAGUACCUGAGCUACAGGCGGGCUUUCCUGGACGACUCGACGGACGUGUUCGAGUCGAAACGAAGCGCCAGCCGGAAACUGCAGAGCGCCCCGAGAGUCACCACCGGCCCUACGCCCUUCGGCUCUGUCCCAAACGCCGCCGCCGUGGCCAUGGCUGCCACGCUCACACAGCAGCAGCAGCCCGCUCCAGGAUCUCAGGCGGGUUUUGGCACUCCCUUUGCCUCGGGCAUGGGCACUAGUAUGGGCUCCAGCAGCCUUGGAGCUUUCGGUAGUGGCCCGGCGUUCGCCGCCUCAGGGACAGGAGGCUCGUCGUUCGGUUUUUCUGCUAACAAGCCAUCAGGAGGGAGCUUGAGUGCAGGGUUUGGAAGCUCCGGCACCUCAGGAUUCAACUUCAGUAACCCUGGAAUCAACGCGUCGGCUGGUCUGACCUUCGGCGUGUCCACGGCCCAGAGCGCGGGCUUUGGCAGCGGUGUCCUGCAGCUGAAAAAACCUCCAGCAGGCAACAAGAGGGGCAAAAGAUAGAACCGCAGGGCAGAUAAAGGAUAAAGGGAAAUAAGUGUUUCAGGCCCCAGGGAGUAGAGAUUAGUGGCAGGUUUCUGUAUUUUUGAUGGAUGUGCUUUAAGGACAAGUGUAUGUUCUGUGUAUCAUACCGUCCGGUGUGUGUGUGUGUGUGCGCGUGUGUCUGUGUUUCUCUGAUUACACGAGCGUUCAUCAUCACUGACACUUGUCUAGAUUUUGAGAAGGAUCGUUUAGAGCGCUAACGUGUGAUGAAUCCUUCAUGUAGAGGUUUCGUUUUGAGAAUAUCUGUGAAAUGUUUUUUUUUUCCACUUUAUCCGUAUCUUUUGUGAUCUCUUUCAGUGUACAGCGUGUCCUCGCUCUGUCCAUUGCUCAGAGACGUCCUCUUUCCCAUCUCAGUAUGUUCUAAUAAAUGGUUCAGUUUUUGUGGCCCUGAUUUGCUUUGCUGUUUUGGUUGUCUUGUUUGUUUGUUUGUUUUUUGGUGUCAUUUUUGUUUUUUUGUCCCUUAUGAAAUUGGUAAUUGCCCAAAUCCUUUUUCUAGACUUUAUGUGCAAACUUUAUUAAAAAAGCUUUAUUAAUAAAAAAAAAGAAUUAUUUUC